GGCUGACUCCUUCGCCAAAACCCAGUGCCUCGUUUACGACCACAACGCAGUUCUUGGCUUCUUGCACACAGAGUCCAAAAAUGGGAGGUAGAGGUAGAUCUCGUACUCAGAGAAGGGACAACGUUUGGAAGCGCCCCAAGUCCGACCCUUCCCCUGACAACAAAAACAACAACGAAAAUGACAAGCCCAAUUGGCAGCCGUUCGCCACCCAAAACCCCGCCUUUGAUGAAUACUAUAAGGAGCAAGGGAUAGUGUCCCCAGAAGAGUGGGACUCCUUCAUGGAAGUUCUUCGAAAACCAUUGCCUGCGGCUUUUAGAAUCAAUUCAAGUAGCCAGUUUUGUGCAGACAUCCGAUCACAGUUAGAGAGAAUGAGUUUAUGAAAUCUCUUCAAGCUGAGGUCACUGAUCGAUGGCGAAACGGAGGCUAUUAGACCAUUGCGGCCUUGGUACGUACCCUGAGAAUCUUGCUUGGCAUUCAAAUUUUUCCCGCAUGCAGCUGAGGAAGAACCAAACUCUUAAGAGGUAAAUUCCGUUUUGUGUGAUGAUUUUUUUUUUUAGUACAACUGGGUGUAUAUACAUGCGUAGAUUGGAGGUGGUUGUCAGUUGAUUUACUUAGAACAUACUUGAAGGAUGGGGUUUGAUUCCAAAUCUUUGAUUUAUUUUUCUUAUAAAUUGUAAUUUAUUUAAAAGAAAAAAUUCAAAGCCCUCGUA